CUGCAACGCAGUGUAAUUUCCAGGGGUUGCCACGGGCGGCUAAUGCCUGUGUGUCCUCUACCACAGCGGCUCGUGAUUCGCUGUCGCCUCUCGCCGGCGUGAAUGGGCACAAAAGCAGAAAAUCAAAGGGGGAUGGGAUGUUGUGGUGGUAGUGGUAAGUCUGGAUAUAUAGAUAUAGAACGAUGGUGGAACUACGCGCUCUUGAUAAAAAGUGACGACUGCUCCCUUUCCUUUCUUGUUGUUAAACAGGUCCGUUAACCUCAGAAUCGAGUUUGUGAAUCCGCUGCUGGUCAGUGUUCGACUCUCGCAUCCCAACCCACAAUGGCAACAACAUCCCCGUCCCCCGUGGCCUCGGGCCUAAAGAACCAGCUGUCCAUGUCCGACUUUGAAAUGGAAGCCUCGUCGAUCGAGACAUCCUCGCGCAUCCGGACCCUGCGUGCCAUCAACGCACUUCGCUCUGCCCUCACAUGGCUCUCCAUUGUGCUGGCCGUGGUGGUCCUCGGCGUCUCGGCCGAUGCUCUCGACACAUACUACGCCACGAGCGUUGGGCCCGAGUUCUUCCUGCAGCUGUGGCCAGCACAGUUUGAUGUGCGGCCCACGCAGGCGUUUGUAGCGGGAAGCGUGGUGGUUCUAGUGGCGAAUCUGGUGGCCCAGGUGCUGGGCGAGAUACGAGCCCCGGCUAGGUACCCUUACAGAGGCAUGUACGCCGUAGCAGGCAGCCUUGUUGGGUUUAUUGGCGCCCUCGUCGCCAUUGGUUUCUACUAUUCGGUGAAUGCGUCGACCAGCAUCGACACGCUGCAGAGCUGGUCCUGCCGCUGGGAGCAUGUGGCCAUGGGCAGCAGGCCGCACUUUGGCACGCUGUGCAAGGAAAGUAAGGCUGGAUUGGCGCUUGCAACGCUGCUUGUCCCGCUGCAGAUCAUUGUGCUGGGUGUGGCGUGCUUUCAGGCGACGCUAGAUCGCAAGGUUGGCCACUUGCCUUUGAAGCGAGGGUAGUGAUUUGCUGGUGCUUGGUUGGUCCCAUUUGUGCCCAUCCGUUGUGAUGGACCACUAGUAGUAGGGGCAGUAAUAGCGGUACAAUUGAAAGUUACUGUACCCAUCCGUUAUUCAUCGUCAAUGUAAAGAUUGAACGGGCGUGUUCCUCAUCCCUGGAUGGUCCAGUACCUGGUUCCCUG